CGCAGUCGUGGGUCGGGGCCCAUAUCCCCUUCCCAGGUAAAUUCGGCGCCCACUGCAUUCCGUUAGGUGUCACUGACCUUUGUGGACUCCUUGCCCUAGACUUGCGGGACUGCAUGGGAAUUGUAGUCUUCCUCGGACUUGAAGAUUUUUUAACCUAUUCUCCGCUCUCAAGAUGUGAAAACCUAGCACUCAAACCCUGUUGACGUGCGUAAGCGCCUGGAGCUCUUCCAUCUGACAACUGGAUUGCCGUGAGAAUCCUGCCCGCUUCCGGUGUCGGAAGCGCCUCUCCAUAAGACUACAGUUUCCAAGGAACACUGUGGCGAAGGCCUUUCGACCCGCAAUGCAUGUUGGAAAUCGUAGUUCCCCCCCCCAUCCUUUUAUUUAGCUAAACUGGAGACUCAUUGCGGCGGAAGUGGGGAGGGAACGGAGCCUCUUUUUGCGAUUGUUUCAGGCACUAUCUUGCGCUCCUAUUCGGGUCUCAGGUAGUGAUUCCCACCCGAGUCCCGCAAUCUCUGUGACGUAAUAAGCCUCAACUGAAAGUGUUGAGGUGAGGGGGUAGGAGCCUAGAAAACUGGGGGAGAAUUCUUUCUCUUCCGUCUCUUUCUGAUUACGUAACGCGGGGGAAGAAUGGAUGACCAAUCGGAAGCCCGGAAAGACUCCCGGCUCUUUCGGCUCCGCCCUUCCGUAACGUGUUUCGAGCUCGUAUUCUGAGAGGUUCUAGCUCAGCGGAUGCGGACGGUUUCCGUGGCAACAGGAAAGCGCGGGAAUUACAGAUAAAUUGAAAAGUGCGGCUGUGCGGCAAGAGCUCGCUGAGGUUUUUCUGCACUGAGGGCGGGCCGGGAGGUUUUUUAUAUAAGUGGGGCCUUGGGCCCGGGAAGCCCCGACGCUUUGCUCUGGGUAAAGGGAGAAAUGGAUUUAUCUGAAGAUCGUGUUGAAGAAGUACAAAAUGUCCUUAAUGCUAUGCAGAAAAUCUUAGAGUGUCCAAUAUGUCUGGAAUUGAUCAAAGAGCCUGUUUCCACAAAGUGUGAUCACAUAUUUUGCAAAUUUUGUAUGCUGAAACUUCUCAACCAGAGUAAAGGGCCUUCACAGUGUCCUUUGUGCAAGAAUGACAUAACCAAAAGAAGCCUACAAGAAAGUACAAGAUUCAGCCAACUUGUUGAAGAGUUGUUGAAAAUCAUUCAUGCUUUUGAGCUUGACACAGGAUUGCAGUUUGCAAACAGCUAUACCUUUUCAAAAAAGGAAAAUAACGCUCCUGAGCAUCUGAAGGAGGAGAUUUCUAUUAUCCAAACUAUGGGCUAUCGAGGCCGUGCUAAAAGACUUCGACAGAGUGAACCUGAGAACCGUAGCUUGCAGGAACCCAGUCGUAGUGUCCAACUCUCUAACCUUGGAGUUGUGAGAUCUCUGAGGACAAAGCAGCAGAUACAACCCCAGAAUAAGUCUGUCUACAUUGAAUUAGGAUCUGAUUCUUCUGAAGAUACAGUGAAUAAGGCAAGUUAUUGCAGUGUGGGCGAUGACGAAUGGUUACAAAUCACCCCUCAAGGAGCCAGGGAUGAAGCCAGUCUGAAUCCUGCAAAAAAGGCUACUUGUGAAUUUUCUGAGGACAUAACAAAUACUGAACAUCGUCAAUCCAGUAAUAAAGAUUUGACCACCACUGAGAAGCAUGCAACUGAGAAGCAUCCAGAAAAGUAUCAGGGUAUUUCUGUUUCAAACUUGCAUGUGGAGCCAUGUGGCAGAAAUACUCAUGCCAGCUCAUUACCACAUGAGAACAGCAGUUUAUUACUCACUAAAGACAGAGUGAAUGUAGAAAAGGCUGAAUUCUGUAAUAAAAGCGAACAGCCUGGCGUAGCAAGGAGCCAACAGAGCAGAUGGGCUGAAAGUAAGGAAACAUGUAAUGAUAGGCAGACUCCCAGCACAGAGAAAAAGAUAGUUCUGCAUGCUGAUCCCCUGUGUGGGAGAAAAGAACUGAGUAAGCAGAAACCUCCAUGCUCUGACAGUCCUAGAGACUCCCAGGAUGUUCCUUGGAUAACACUGAAUAGUAGUAUACAGAAAGUUAAUGAGUGGUUUUCCAGAAGUGAUGAAAUUUUGACUUCUGAUGACUCACACAACAGAGGAUGUGAAUCCAAUACUGGAGUAGCUGGUGCAGUAGAAGUUCCAAAGGAAGUCGAUGGUGCAGAAGUUCCAAAGGAAGUCGAUGGUGCAGUAGAAGUUCCAAAGGAAGUGGAUGGAUAUUCUGGUCCUUCUGAGAAAAUUGACUUAAUCGCCAGUGAUCCUCAUGAGGCUUUGAUAUGCGAAAGUGAACGACUCUGCACCAAACCAGUAGAGAGUAAUAUUGAAGAUAAAAUAUUUGGGAAAACCUAUCGGAGGAAGGCAAGCCUCCCUAACUUGAGCCACACAACUGAAGAUCUCCUUAUAGGAGCCUGUGCUAUAGAACCUGAGAUAACGCAAGCCCAUCCCCUCGCAAAUAAAACAAAGCGUAAAAGGAGACCUACGUCAGGCCUUCAUCCUGAAGAUUUUAUCAAGAAAGUAGAUUUGGCGGUUGUUCAGAAAACUCCCGAAAAGCUAAUUGAGGGAACCGACCCUAUAGGGCGAAAUGGUCAUGUGAUGAAUAUAACAAAUAACAGUCCUGAGAAUGGAACAAAAGGUGAUUAUGUUCAGAAAGAGAAAAAUGCUAACCCAACAGAAUCAUUGGAAAAUGAAUCUGCUUUUAGAACCAAAGCUGAACCAAUAAGCAGCAGUAUAAGCAAUAUGGAAUCGGAAUUAAAUAGCCACAGUUCAAGAGCACCUAAGGAGAACAGGCUAAGGAGGAGAUCCUCUACCAGGCACAUGCGUGCACUGGAAUUAGUAGUCAGUAAGAAUCCAAGCCCACCCGAUCAUACGGAACUACAGAUCGAUAGUUGUUCUAGCAGUGACGAGAUGGCGAAAACAAGUUCAGACCAAAUGCCAGUCAGACACAGCAAAGCCCUUCAACUCAUGGAAGAUAAAGAACCUGCUCCUGGAGCCAAGAAGCGAAGUAAACAGAUAAAUAGAAGACUUGCCAGCAGCACUUUUCCAGAGCUAAAUUUAGCAAACAUACCUGGGGUUUUUACUAACCGUUCAAAUUCUAAUAAACUUCAAGAGUUUGUCAACCUUGUCGUUCGAAGAGAAGAAACAACAGAGAGCCAAGGAAUGAGCCACGUGUCUGAUAGUACCAGAGAUCCCAAAGAGCAGGUAUUGAGUGGAGGAGGAGGUUUGCAAACUGAAAGAUCUAUAGAGAGUACCAGUAUUUCACUGGUACCCGAUACCGAUUAUGGCACUCAGGAUAGUAUCUCAUUACUGGAAGCUGACACCCUAGGGAAGGCAAUAGCAGUACCAAAUCAACAUGUGAGUCUGUGUGCAGCAGUUGAAAACCCCAAGGAACCUAUGCAAGGUUGUUCUAAAGAUACUAGAAAUGGUACAGAGGGUUUUACAGAUCCACUGAGACAUGAGGAUAACCACCCUCAGGAGACAAGCAUGGAAGUCGAAGAGAGUGAACUUGAUACGCAGUACUUAUACAAUAUGUUCAAGGUUUCAAAACGUCAGUCAUUUGCUCUGUUUUCAAAUCCAGGAAAUCCAGAAAAGGAAUGUGCAACAGUCUGGGCAAGUUCCAAGUCCCUAAGGAGCCAAAGUCCAAAAGUCCCUCUUGAAUGUGAACCAAAAGAAGAAAAUCAGGGAAAGAAAGAGUCUGAAAUCAAGCACAUGCAGGCAGUUCACGCAUCUGCAGGCUUUUCUGCAGUCAGUCAGAAAGCGGAGAAGCCGGGCGAUUACGACAAAUGUAGCAUAAAAAGAGUGUCUGGCCUUUGUCAGUCAUCUCAGUUCAGACGCGAUGAAACUAAACUCCUUAUUGCAAAUAACCCUGGAGUUUCCAAAAACCCGUAUCACAUACCACCACUUUCUCCCAUCAGAUCAUCUGUUAACACUCUCUGUAAGAAAAACCAGUCGGAGGAAAAGUUUGAGCGGCAUUCAAUGUCACCUGAAAGAGCAGUGGGAAAUGAGGACGUCAUUCAAAGUACAGUGGGCACAAUCCGCCAAAAUAACAUUAGAGAAAGCACUUUGAAAGAAGUUAGCUCAAGCAGUGUUAACAAAGUUGGUUCCGGGACUAAUGAAGUAGGUUCUAGUAUUAAUGAAAUAGGUUCUAGUGGUGAAAACAUUCAAACAGAACCGGGUAGAAACCAAGGAUCUAAGUUAAAUGCUGUGCUCAGUUUAGGUCUUCUGCAACCUGAAGUCUAUGAGCAAAGUCUUCCUAUAACCAACUGUAAACAUCCAGAAGUGAAAAGGCAAGGAGAAAAUGAAGGAGUCGUUCAGUCUGUUAAUGCAGAUUUCUCCCCGUAUCUAAUUUCUCAUAACAUAGAACAACCUAUGGCAAGUAGCCAUGCUUCUCAGGUUUUUUCGGAGACACCCGAUGACCUAUUAAAUGGUGGUGAAAUAAAGGGGAACAUCAGCUUUGCUGAAAAUGGUGAUAGGGACAGAUCUGCUGUUUUCAGCAAGAGUGUCCAGAAAGGAGAAUUCAGAAGGAGCCCUAGCCCUUUAGACCAUACACAUCUGGCUCAGGGUCCUGAAACAGGGACCAGGAAGUUAGAGUCCUCAGAAGAAAACAUGUCUAGUGAGGAGGAAGAUCUUCCCUGCUUCCAGCACUUACUAUUUGGUAAAGUAACCAAAAUACCUUCUCAGCCUCCCAGCCAUAAUGCCGUUGCCACAGAAGGUCUGUCUAACAAAACAGAGGAGAACCUAGAAUCACUGAGAGAGAGCUUACAUGAUGGCAGUAACCAGGUCGCAUCAGCGAGGGCAUCCCAGGAACAUCACCUUAGUGAGGAAGUGAGGUCUUCUGGUAGCUUAUUUUCUUCACAGUGCAGUGCAGUGGAAGACUCCGCUGUUAAUACAAACAGCCAGGAUCCUUUCUUGAUGUUCGAUCCUCCUUCCAAACAAAUGAGCCAUCAGUCUGACAACCCGGACGUUCUGAGUGAUGAGGAAUUGGGUUCAUACGACGAUGAAAGGGAACCUGGCCUGGAAGAGGAUAAUCACAAAGAAGAGCAGAGUGUGGAUUCGAACUUAGGUGAAGCGGCACCCGGGUACGAGAGUGAAACAAGUCUCUCUGAAGACGGCUCAAGGGCGUCCUCUCAGAGUGCGAUUUUAACCACUCAGCAGAGGGACACCAUGCAAGACAACCUGAUCAAGCUCCAGCAGGAGAUGGCCGAACUGGAAGCUGUGCUAGAGCAGCACGAGAGCCAGCCUUCUAAGCGCCCCCCUGCCCACUUAGCAGACUCUUGUGGCCCUGAAGACCUGUUCAAUCCGAAAGAAAACACGUCAGAGAAAGCAGUAUUAACUUCAGAGAAAAGUAGUGACUGUCCUAUAAGCCAGAAUCCCGAAACCCUCUCUGCUGACAAAUUUCAAAUAUCUCUGGACAGUUCCACCAGUAAAAAUAAAGAACCGGGAAUGAGAAGGUCUUCCCCUUCUCAGUCUAGGCUGUUAGAUACCAGGCAGAGUGUGCAGAGCCACUCGAAGAGUCUUCAGAGCGCAAACUGCGUGUCUCAGAAGGAGCCCGAGAAGGUUGUCGAUGGGGAGGAGCUACAGGGGACUGCGUCAGAGCCCCGAGAUUUCAUGGAGCAGUCUUCUUUGCCAAGACAAGAUUUGGAGAGAACCCCUUACUUCGAAUCUGGAAUCAGCCUCUUCUCUGAUGAUCCUGAGUCUGAUCCCUCUGUGGACAGAGACCCAGAACCGGUUCAUGCUAGCAGCAUGCCAACUUUAACCUCUGACUUGAAAUUACCCCAAUUUCAAGUUGAAGAAUCAGCCAAGAGUACAGCUGUUGUUCAUAUUGCUAAUACUGCUGGGUAUAAUAAGGAGAAGCCAGAAGUGAUAUCUUCAACAAAAAAAGUCAACAAAAGAAUAUCUAUGGUGGCAUCAGGCUUGACUCCAAAAGAACUUAUGCUUGUGCAGAAGUUUGCCAGAAGAUACCACAUCACCUCAACCAACGCGAUUUCUGAAGAGACUACCCAUGUCAUAAUGAAAACAGAUGCUGAGUUUGUGUGUGAACGGACACUGAAAUAUUUUCUGGGUAUUGCAGGAGGAAAAUGGGUAGUUAGCUAUUUCUGGGUGACCCAGUCCAUUAAAGAAAGAAAGAUGCUAGAUGAGCAUGAAUUUGAAGUCAGAGGAGAUGUUAUCAAUGGAAGAAACCACCAGGGUCCAAAGAGAGCAAGAGAAUCCCAGGACAGAAAGAUCUUCAGGGGCCUAGAAAUCUGUUGCUAUGGGCCCUUUACCAACAUGCCCACAGAUCAACUAGAGUGGAUGGUGCGCCUCUGUGGGGCUUCUGUGGUGAAGAAGCCUUCAUUAUUCACUCUCGGCAAGAAGCCCUGCUCUGAUACCCUCAGUGCUGUUUCCUUCCUGUGGAUGCAGGGUACUCACGCAGUUGUGGUCGUGCAACCAGACGCCUGGACAGAGGACAGUGGCUUCCAUGCAAUUGGGCAGGUGUGUGAGGCGCCUGUGGUGACCCGAGAGUGGGUAUUGGACAGCGUAGCCCUCUACCAGUGCCAGGAGCUGGACACCUACCUGAUCCCCCAGAUUCCCAGAGCUACUGCUGGCCCCGGCCAGCCAUGUGUGUGGCGUACAGGGCCUGUCGCCACAGGACCCCAAGAAUGACCGUAAGAAGCAGCCGUUUUCCAGGCCCUAGGAGUUCCUCUUCAGUCUCCCCACAGUUCCGGUUCCUGAAUAUUUUAUGUUCAUCAGCUUGAGAAGAAAUUCUGGCUAUGCAAGGGGCCCGUAAAGAUUUUCUGCUUCAAGUCUCCCUUUGAAAUCUACCAUGAGCACAAAAUUGUGGUAAUUUUUCACCUGAAAAGAAUGUAAAACCAUUUAAACCCUGCCAAUUGAGCAAGAUGCUGAUUCAUUAUUUAUCAGCCCUAUUCUUCCAACUGGGGAUGUGCCUUAGAGCUGGAGGCACAGAACGGCCGGCCUCAGGGGGGUAGCUGGGCUCCCUGAGUUUGCUUCUCUAAGAUCCUGUGUCCACAAGGCCAAGAGUCAGGGCCUUCAGGGGAAGGCAAGUACUUGGGGAAUCCGUGAUGGGACUUAAAAUCAGAACAGCCCUUGGGCAGCUCGCAGAUGGAGCAGAGCAUGGGUGGAGGCCUCGGGGGGUGGGGGGAUUCAGAGGCAGGUAAUGGAUAUAAAUAUCACCCCUGAGGGUUAGAGGAGAUGGGAGUCCUCCUGCCCUUUAGAAAUCCAGAUUUCUAAAGAUUUCUUAGCACUGCUGUGCUCUGAACUAGCAGAAUCUUUUCAAGAACUGAUGUCCAAAGAAGGUCUUCCAAUUCCCCCAUUAGAAAUAAAUGCAGUGUUUAUUGUUGUAGCUCUGAAACGUCAUUCAUUCCUCUGGCAGUAGAAGAUCUCCGAUAGGGAUAUUUCAUGUCUGUAAAAUGACGGCUCCCACCAGGAAAGGAGCUGUUGCUUUCCAUGAGGUAAUUUUCUUCUCUUUGCUUCCUAGUGCUGAACUGUACAGCUUCAUAAAUAAUUUUGUGUGCCGAAGGAAGAGAAAGUGUUUUUCAUAAACUCAUUAUCCAGGCCUGUUUAUAGCCGUUGGAAGGACUAGGCCUUCCUUAGCCCCCUAGUGUGUGAGGGCAGCGCAGACUUGACUGUACAAAAUGCGUUUUGUAAAUGGUGUUGCUGUUCACCUGCAAAUAAACUUGCUUUCACUUUUCACCAA